AGCGGGCAUUAACUUUUGUUUUUUGUCUUACUAGGUGCACGAUGGAGCUGAAUUAUGGAGUACGUUCGGCAGGAGCGAAGAGGAAGAUUCUCAGGCCCCACAGGUUCAGGGAAGAUCCAGGAGCAGCAGGGGAGCCUUCGCUAGGAGAGGAGAGCAGGGUAAGAGGUUCCAUUCAGCAGCUGAAGAAGAGACGGCUGAUCGCCAGCGGGGAAGAUCCGAAAGUGAGUGGUUUGUCCGAGGCGUCGCGAGAUUGGGAGCGGGACUUCGACGACGGAAGCGACGGUGAGGAAGAUCCGGCUAGCAUUCGGCGGCAAGUCAGCGAAGAGGCAGGAGUUCCCGGUGAGAGUUCGUGCGAAGGUCUGAAAUAGAGAAGAGGAGGAGAGCUGGCGGCAGUGGAGGAAGGAAAAAGAAAUGAGGAUGGAAGAAGCAGGACCUUCUCGAGACAUGGAAGUGGAGCAGGGCAAAAGGCACAGAAGGAGGUGACGGUUUCGCAGGAAGUAAGAGCGGCAGGAGGGGUCAGAGAUGCAUCUGUUGGCAGGACGUUUAGAUGAACAGCUUCCAAAGCAAAUUCCAUUUACCAUACUCUCUGGUGAUAAAGGCUUUCUGGAAUUGGAGAGCCAGUUUAAGAAAACUCAGCGGCCCGCUCACAUUCUGAAUCCUCACCACUUGGAGGGAGAUAUGAUGUGUGCACUUCUAAACAGCAUAUCUGAUACAAUGCAAGAUGCAAAUGAUAAAACAGAAGAUGCUCUAACAGAACUGGAUGAAGAUGCCAAUUUGAAAGAAGCUAUCAGAAGAAGUAUGACAGAGAUGUAAAGCAGGAAUAAAAAGAGAUGUAAAGCAGGAAUAAAAACAUUACCUUGAAAUAGAACUGCCAAUCCCUUAGAGAAAUAUGGAGCAUGGUAUAUUCCAGAUAUGCGAUUAACUAGCACUUCAUUAAUGAAGCCUGUCCUGACACAAACUCUGGUAACCAUUUCCUACUUGUUUGUAUCCAUCUUUCUGGAAUAACCUCUAUUAAACAUGUGCAGGUACAACAAUCAAAUCAGGUUUACGUUUUACAUGAAUUUUGCUUUAUUUCCCUGAUUCUGGAAUCAAACUUCAAAUCUUUGAUUGUUCUUUUUCUUUAAACUUUUUAAAUCUUACUUUUUUUUUCCUGAAAUGUGUCUGCAGGGGGGCAGUGAUUGUCCAUUUAAAAGUGUUUGUCUUUUAUUUUACCUAUCCUAUCCUUUUCAUAUGUGUUGAUAUAUAUUUAAAAAAUAAAUUUAUUUUGAAGAA